AUCGCUGUAGACUUUGAGACCCGUGUGGAAAUCUUCUUUUGAGAGACGGAAACCGAGGAGAAGCAUAGCGAUUUGUUGCUGAUGAUCCAGGCUGUGGCGACUGUGGUUUGUCCAGGAGAUGCAUGAAGAAGCCUUGGCAUGUUCCUGUACAAAGCCCUUAAACACAGAGAUGAAGAGGAGUACAUCCAGUCCCAGAAACCCUGGAUAGAAAGCACUUUCACCAAGCGGGAAUGUGUAUACAUACUUCCAGUGUCAAAGGACCCCCACAGGUGCCUUCCAGGAUGCCAGAUUUGCCAACAGCUAGUCCGAUGCUGCUGUGGACGGCUCGUGCGCCAGCAUGUUGGCUUCACAGCCAGCUUGGCCACGAAGUACUCGGACGUGAAGCUGGGUGAUAACUCCAACCUGUCCAUGCCCGAGCUGGAGGAGUGGUCGGUGGAAAAACACACAGAAGCGAGCCCCAGUGACGCCUAUGGUGUCAUCAAUUUCCAGGGAGGGUCUCACUCGUACAGAGCCAAGUAUGUGCGUUUGUCCCACGACUCGCGGCCGGAGAGCAUCCUGCGGCUGAUGCUGAAGGAAUGGCAUAUGGAGCUUCCUAAGAUCCUCAUCUCGGUCCAUGGAGGAGUUCAGAACUUUGAGCUGCACCCGCGCCUCAAGCAAGUGGUGGGCAAGGGCCUUAUCAAAGCCGCGGUCACCACCGGGGCCUGGAUCCUCACUGGAGGGGUCAACACAGGUGUGGCGAAGCAUGUGGGAGACGCUCUCAAAGAACACUGUUCAAGAUCAGCAAAGAAAAUUUGCACUAUUGGAAUCGCACCCUGGGGAGUCAUUGAAAACCGGAAUGAUCUCAUUGGCAGAGACAUAAUCGCUCCGUAUCAGACGCUGCUGAACCCUCUAAGCAAACUAACCGUUCUCAACAACCUGCAUUCCCAUUUCCUCCUGGUGGACGAUGGGACGGUGGGCAAGUACGGCGCUGAGGUCCAACUGCGGCGGGACCUGGAGAAGCACAUCAACCUCCAAAGAAUACACGCACGAAUUGGUCAGGGUGUCCCUGUUGUGGCCCUGAUCUUCGAGGGAGGUCCCAAUGUGAUCCUGACCGUGCUGGACUACCUUCAGGAGAGCCCUCCUGUCCCGGUGGUGGUGUGUGAGGGGACCGGCCGUGCUGCUGACAUUUUGGCCUACGUCCACAAGCAGACCGAGGAGGGAGGAAGUCUUCCCGAUGGAGUGGAGACUGACAUCAUCGCAACCAUCAAGAAAACCUUCAACUUCAGCCAGAGUGAUGCCAUCCACCUCUUUCAGACUCUGAUGGAGUGCAUGAAAAGCAAAGAAUUGAUCACUGUGUUUCACAUCAGCUCCGAGGAGCACCAGGACAUUGACGUAGCCAUUCUGAGGGCUUUACUCCAAGGCACAAACGCAUCAGCCUUUGAUCAGCUGGUCCUGACUCUGGCCUGGGACCGGGUAGACAUAGCCAAGAAUCACGUGUUUGUGUACGGACAGCAGCUCCUGGUGAGCUCUCUUGAGCAGGCAAUGCUGGAUGCACUCGUGAUGGACAGGGUGGAUUUUGUCAAGUUGCUCAUAGAAAACGGCGUGAGCAUGCAUCGAUUCCUGACAAUCAGUCGGCUAGAGGAGCUCUACAACACGAAACAACCUCCCAACAACCCAACUCUCCUCCACCUGGUUAGAGAUGUUAAACAGAGUCAUCUGCCUCCAAACUACAAGAUCACUUUGAUUGAUGUGGGCCUGGUAAUUGAGUACCUGAUGGGCGGGACUUACAGGUGCAACUACACAAGGAAACGCUUCCGAAUCAUUUACAACAAUCUCCAUGGCAACAAUAGGCGGUCGGGGCGCCACACUGCAGGUCCAGGUUCUCAUUUGAGGAAAAGUCACGAGUCUUUUAGCAUGCAGGCUGACAAAAAGGAGAAGACGAGGCACAACCACUUCAUCAAAACUGCACAGCCAUACAAACCUAAGCUUGAAUCCUCCAUCGAGCAGAACAAAAAAAGAAGCAAAGAGGAGAUUGUGGACAUAGACGACCCAGAGACGCGGCGGUUCCCCUACCCUUUCAAUGAGCUUCUGGUGUGGGCUGUGCUGUUGAAGAGGCAGAAAAUGUCACUCUUCUUCUGGCAGCACGGCGAGGAGAACAUGGCAAAGGCACUGGUGGCCUGUAAGCUUUGCCGAUCCAUGGGCUACGAGGCCAAGAAGAGCGACGUGGUGGACGACACCUCGGAGGAGCUCAAGGAGUACUCAAAUGAGUUUGGGACGUUAGCAGUGGACCUGCUGGAGGAGUCGUUCAGGCAGGAUGAGACCAUGGCCAUGAAGCUGCUCACUUACGAGCUGAAAAACUGGAGCAACUCCACCUGUUUGAAGCUGGCUGUCUCCUCCCAUCUACGGCCCUUUGUGGCUCACACCUGCACCCAGUUUCUGCUGUCAGACAUGUGGAUGGGACGGCUGAACAUGCGCAAGAACUCCUGGUACAAGGUGAUUCUGAGUAUCUUGGUGCCUCCUGCCAUCCUGCUGUUGGAGUACAAAUCCAAGGCUGAGAUGGCUCACAUCCCUCAGAGUCAGGACGACCACCAGAUGACCAUGGAGGACAGCGAACACAACUUCCAGAACAUGGCUGAAGAAAUCCAAAUGGAUGUGUUUAAGGAGGCCAGAUCCCAGGACCCUGUGGAGACAAAGAGUGACAUGGAGACCCAAAUUCGCCCCAGAAAGCUGCCCUUAACCAGGAAAAUAUAUGCCUUCUACCACGCUCCCAUUGUCAAGUUCUGGUCAAACACGCUCUUCUACCUGGGCUUCUUGAUGUUCUACUCGUAUGUGGUCCUGGUGAAAAUGCCUGCUUGGCCUUCUUAUCAAGAGUGGGUGGUCAUCCUCUACAUAUUCACCUCUGCCAUUGAGAAAAUCCGAGAGAUGUUUAUGUCUGAAGCAGGCAAAAUAAGCCAGAAGGUAAAGGUGUGGUUCAGUGACUAUUUCAAUGUGUCGGACUUUCUGGCCAUCGUUACCUUCUUUAUCGGCUUUGGCUUGAGAUUGGCUGGAGGUGAAGCCUUUGUCCCCGGGAGGACGGUGUAUUGUCUCAAUAUCAUCUUCUGGUACGUGCGACUCCUGGAUAUACUGGCUGUCAACCAGCAAGCUGGACCGUAUGUCAUGAUGAUCGCUAAAAUGGUGGCCAACAUGUUCUAUAUUGUGGUAAUAAUGGCUAUAGUCCUUCUGAGCUAUGGCGUACCCAGGAAAGCCAUUCUGUACCCACACGAGGAGCCCAGCUGGACUCUGGCUAAAGAUGUGGUCUUUCAGCCAUACUGGAUGAUGUACGGGGAAGUGUAUGCUUAUGAAAUCGAUGUGUGUGCCAAUAACACUGAACAAUCAGUGAAGUCCCUGUGUGCGGCAGGAGUGUGGCUGACUCCUCUCCUUCAAGCAGUCUACCUCUUUGUACAGUAUAUACUAAUGGUCAACCUCCUCAUCGCCUUCUUCAACAAUGUGUAUCUGCAAGUUAAGUCCAUUUCUAAUCUGGUGUGGAAGUACCAGCGCUACCACUUCAUUAUGGCCUACCAUGAGAAGCCUGUCCUCCCACCCCCUUUCAUCCUCCUCUGCCAUAUCUACUCCCUCUUCUGUACAUGUAGAAAGAGGAAGAAGGAGCAUACCUACGGACCAAAGCUGUUUCUCACAGAGGAAGACCAAAAGAAGCUUCAUGAUUUUGAGGAGCAAUGUGUGGAGACGUACUUUCAUGAAAAGGAUGAUCAGUUUCACUCUGGGAGUGAGGAGCGUAUACGUCUUACCUCAGAAAGGGUUGAGACCAUGUGUUUGCAGCUGAAGGAGGUUGGGAACAAGGUCAACUUUAUAAAACGGUCUUUGCACACAUUGGAUUCCCAGAUCGGCCACCUGCAGGACCUCUCAGCACUGACUGUGGACACCCUGAAGACCCUCACUGCUCAGAGGGCGUCGGAGGCCAGCAAGGUCCACAAUCAGAUCACGCGGGAGCUCAGCCUCUCUAAGAACUUGGUCCCCAGCAACGCCCCCGUGGCAUCAGACACUGGCCCCCACUCCAAAUCGUCCGCGAUAGGAAAACGCAGUGUGGGGGCCUACUUCGGCUCCUCAUUUCCCCAGGCUGGAGCCAACAUUGCCGAUUCUCUUUUUGGGAUUGGUGUAGGGGGAGGGGCUGGUGCGGAAAGUAUCCGGAGAGUCGGGCCCAGCCAUGGAGCAGGACUGGGGCUGGACCCCAACCUCAACCCAGCGUUGAGUCCAGAGAGGAGGGGGUUAUUUGGGCUGGGGCACUUUGCUGCAGAGGCCGGCUCCUCAGGCAGUGUCGGCUCCAGUGCCUUUGUCCAAAGUGCUGUGGCCAUUUCCCCUCCGGAGCUGCGUCUCCGAGGCCACUCUCUCACCCAGAGUAAGCGGACCCGUCCACAAGAGCCGGCCCUGUUCGACUCCCCAUCCAGCCUGCCCAAUGUGCCCUCCCACGGGGCUCAGUUCCACAUCAGCAGCACCCCUUCCCAGCCCAGUGGCUCCAGCCACCCAGAACUCGCCCUAGCUAGGCUUUACCAGCAGCCCCUCCAGCCAGACAGCACCACUGUAGAGUUUGGGGCGUUUGUGGGGCAUAAAGAGAGUUUGGACCUCCAGCACUCCACACCCAAAGAGACCUCCACCUCCAGCAGACAGCAAAGCCCGGUCCUACAGACCAGAUUGCAGGCUCAGACUGAAGGUCACGGUCAUAUCAGAGCAGUCAACUCCUACGCUGGCUUCACAGAGUUUGAUAGAAACCCUGCUCUCCUCCAUCCUGACUGCACUCUGACCAAGAAGGACAGGAGCAGAGUGUCAGCUGAAGACAUCCUCAUCCACGAGGACCCCCGGACUGCAGUACUGCAGGAAAGAGUUCAGGUCAAAUCAGCCCAAGCCAGCAGCCUGCGAGCCCCUGGGGAAGAUGCACCAAAUGCCGCAGUUUCUCUCUACACGCCUCGACACUCCCUACUCGGAGCCAGAAAGGACUCUAUUGGCUCACCUUUCAAGCCCAUGGAAAGCUACCAGUACUCAGCUGUGGAGCGCAACAACUUGAUGAGGCUGUCUCAGAGCAUCCCCUUCACCCCUGUGCCCCCUAGAGGCGAGCCGGUGACUGUGUACCGUCUGGAGGAGAGCUCCCCCAACACCAUCAACAACAGCAUGUCUUCCUGGGCCCAGCGGGGCCUCUGUGCCAAAAUAGAGUUUCUCAGCAAGGAGGAGAUGGGAGGAGGCCUCCGACGGGCCCUGAAGGUGCUCUGCACAUGGUCAGAGUACGACAUCCUGAAACCAGGACAUCUGUAUAUUGUCAAAUCCUUCCUUCCUGAGGUGGUCCAGACCUGGCAGAGCAUCUACAAGGAGGACACUGUGCUGCACCUUUGUCUCAGGGAAAUUCAACAACAACGAGCUGCUCAGAAGCUCACAUUUGCCUUCAACCAAAUCAGGCCGAAGACGAUUCCCUAUUCACCGAGGUUUCUGGAGGUGUUUCUGCUCUACUGUCACUCUGCCGGACAGUGGUUUGCUAUAGAGGAGUGCAUUACUGGGGAGUUCAGGAAGUUCAACAACAACAACGGAGAUGAGAUCGUCCCCACCAACCUCCUGGAGGAAACCAUGCUGGCCUUCAGCCACUGGACCUACGAGUACACCCGCGGAGAGCUGCUGGUGCUCGACCUGCAGGGGGUCGGGGAGAUUCUGACAGAUCCAUCAGUUAUUAAGAGCGGUGAGAAAGGAUCCUAUGAUAUGAUAUUUGGACCUGCCAACCUGGGGGAUGAUGCCAUUAGGAACUUCCGAGCAAAACACCACUGCAACUCCUGCUGUCGGAAACUCAAACUUCCUGAUCUGAAGCGGAACGAUUACACACCAGAUAAGGUGACGUUCCCACAGGAUGACCCUCCCAACUCGGGGGGCGGAGUCAAAGAGUCCCGCCAAUCAAUGAGGUUGAUGCUGUGAUCGGUUUGAAGCGAGAGAGAAAGAGAGAGAGAGAGAGAGAGAGAGAGUGAAUGAUCACGAGGCGACACUGUUCUGAACAAUUUUAGUCAAAGCCAAGGAGCAGAGAGGCGCACCCAAUCAACUGGAAGAAUCACACCCCUUGUUUCCAUGGAAACCAGUGCAUGCAGAAUGUGUGUCAUGUUUUUGUUGAUUCCACCAAAAUGCUGUGUCGAACACAAUUCAACCAUCUUAACCUUUUUGUUUUUUAGUACAUAAAUGAGGAAAAGAAGAUUUAAACAUAUUUUGUACACGUUUAUGAAUAUAUAUAUAUAUAUAUAUAUAUAUAUAUAUAUAUAUAUAUAUAUAUAUCUAUGAACAGGAUAUAUCGAAAGGUACAUUAUCAUUGCAGAGGGUUUAUUAUUUAUUACAAAGUUUGAGAAGUUGCCUUGUUUUAACAAAAAAAAAAAAAAAAAGGAACAAAUCUAAGUGCAUUGUUCCUCUGUUACAGCAGCUUCAGAGAGGACAGCCUGCUGAGAUUCAGUCACUGCAACAUUGCAGUUUGUCACCAGAUCAUUUUUUAUAAAUGUGUAAAGACUUGUAUCACAACCUUUUAUCUCUUAGUUAAUGAACAGAUAUACAUGAAUUUGAAAAUCUUGUAAAAUAUGGGCAGAUUGCAAUGCAACUUUUACAGAACAAUGUAUGUAAUUUUAUUGUAUUGAAAGUGUGUCCACCAAAAUAUUGCUGAUAGUUUUUAUUGUUACAAAGGUACUAUUGCUAUAUCUUUGUCAUCAACUAUUGUAUGAGCAAAUUACAAUCUAGUGUAUCUUAUAGAUACUGUUAUCUGGCAUGAGCUGAACAGAUUAAAAUAUUUUAUUCAGGGGAACUGACAGACUUAAGGGUAUUACUGUAUACAUUUUGUACUGGACAUCAUUUUAAACAAAUAAAAAUGUAAAAAAAAAAAAGCUUUAGCAACAUCGCUCAAGUCUUAAAAGAAUGACUGUUUCAAUACA